AAAGGGAAAAUGACCGAUAUUAUUGAGAAAGUCCAAUUAAGUAAGCUCCCCGAAUAUGUCCAGAUGACAGAAAAGAAAGGUUAUGUGAUGAGACAAUAGUUCAUAUCCAAGGAUCUGAUGCCUCUAUUAAAAUAGUGUUUUUGUGGCCAAUAUGUGAAUCCAGAUUAGGUUCUUGUGCUUUGUACUUCAUGUGAAAAGCCUUUUCAUGCUGAAUGUCUAAUUAAAUAAUUUGAACAAGGAAAUGCCAAUUGUGAUUCAUGUAGAGAAAUUCUCUCUAACCUCCAAAUUACUGAUCGUAUUAAAGAAGCUUUGUAAACCAGGUCAUCUACUAUUGUCAUCUAAACCAAUUAACAAAAGACACAUGAAUAAAGAGCAAUUUAAAUUGAAGAGGAAGAAGAAGAAUAACUAGAUAGAAAUGAAAAGAGAAUAGAUUUAGACAAGAUUGUCAAAAAAAUAAAGACUAAAGAUGGUCAAAUACAUUCCAAAGUGUAAAUAGUAAAGCAAGAUACUCACACCAAUGGAAAUUCUAGAGAUAAGAAUUAAACACAUGAAGCCAUCCCAUAAGCAAAUCCUCCUGAAUAGUAGAAACAAUAAUCUUAACCAUUUAAAAACAUAUCAGCCCAAGCUGUUGAAAAAAUGAAGAGCUGGGUUGAGAGAUAUAGAUAAAUGGAAUCCAAUGCUUCAAGUUUUGAAAAGAAAAGACAAGAAGUAAGAGAAAAAUUCUUUUCAGUCAUUUUUUAUGGCAUAGAAGAACUAAAAGAUAUGUAUGAAAAAGAUCCCAAUUCUAUCACUAAAUUAGAAAAGGAGAUUAUCAGUAAUUCUGACACAGCCUUAUUUUAAUACAUUAAAAAUUUAGCAUUAGACAUUGAAGUUUACACACAUAUUAAGUUUAAUACUUAAUACAAGACAAAAUUAGAACCACUGUAUGUUGAAAGAUGCAAACUCAUUUAUUUACACAUGAAAGAUGAUAAAAAUUUAGAAUUGAGAAGAAAAGUCAUCUCUAAAGAAUUUUAAGCCCAAGAUUUGAGUACUAGAGAUGAAAGGGAUCUUUACAAUCCAGAAAAACGAAGAUAAACCUAAGAAAUUGCUAUGAGAGUCAUUGAACUUAAUUAAAAAGAUAAGGAUGAAGAAUAAAAAAUUAUCAAAGAUAUUGAAGAGGUAUCCUUUUCUAGAAAUGUAAAUAUAUCUCAUUAUUAAUUAGUAAUCAAUAAAUGAAGAAAUUUAAAUCACUACUUAAAAAAAGGAUGGUCAUUCAACUAAAAAUCUAUUAAAAGAAAAAAUGAUGGAAUAUUCAGUUGAAAAGUCGAUCAUGAGAUUUAAAAAAAGAAUUGCUGAUGAACUUAAUGACAAGGAACGUUUACAAAUAUUAGCCAGUUUAGAAUAGUAUCAACUUCAUUAAUGA